AUGGCAACAUAUAGCUAUCCUACUCUCGUCUAUAACUGUAGAUCUGCCCAACUUGGCUGUGUGUCAAUCCAAAUCCUUGUGCUUUAUUCUAAUGCCGACUCUUUGGGAACAUUCACGUUUGUGUUCACGGUUGCACUUUGCCUUUACAAUCUCUAUGUGAUCGGAAAGCGAUGGUACAACAAUAUUGAUGGACGUUUUGAUAUGCGGCAAAUGGUAAGAGAACCGGACACUCCAGUUAAAGGUGUUAUAUGCUGCAGAAGUGUUCACACCAGCCGUAAUCGGUCUGUUAGUAUUCACGUUGGUACAUUUUCCCGGUGGUAA